AUGUUAAGAAACAUAAAAAAUAUUUUAUCUUAUAAAAUAGUACCCAUUCUUAUAAUUUUGAUUUGCCACAGUUUUUAUAACCCGACUGAUAGCGGUGCUGUACAGAUUACUCAAAGCAACUUGGACAUGGUACUAGCGUCUAAUGAGGUUGUGUUCAUUAACUUUUACGCCGAAUGGUGCAAAUUUAGCAAUAUGCUAAUGCCGAUUUUUGAUGAUGCGGCGGAUGCGGUAUCAAAAGAAGGUUAUGACACAGGCAAAGUUGUUAUGGGAAAGGUAGACUGUGAUAAAGAAGGUUCUAUAGCCACAAGAUUUCACAUAACAAAGUAUCCUACACUUAAACUGUUUCGUAAUGGACUUCCAGCCAAAAAGGAAUAUAGAGGUCAACGUUCAGUAGAAGCAUUUGCUGAAUUCAUUAAGAAGCAGCUGACUGAUCCUAUUAAAAACUUUGGCUCUCUUAAAGAACUUCAUGAUUUAAGUGAAGACAAAAGACAUAUUAUAGCAUAUAUGGACAGAAGAGAUCAGCCUGAAUAUGAAGUGAUCCGGCGAGUGGCCGCAAGUCUUAAAGAUGAAUGUAUUUUCCAUGCUGGCUUUGGAGAUGCUUCUCAACAAAUGCAUCCACCAGGUCAACCAAUAGUUGUAUUUAGAGCUGAUCGGAAGACUUCCACUGAGCCUGAUGAGACAUACCGUGGCUCUCUUAAUAGUUUUGAGGAUUUAUACAGUUGGGUCCAAGAAAAAUGCAUACCUUUAGUACGUGAGAUAACAUUUGAAAAUGCAGAAGAACUUACAGAAGAUGGGCUGCCAUUUUUAAUUUUGUUUCAUCACCCCACUGACACUGAAAGUGUAAAGAAGUACAAAGAAGUCAUCAAUAGAGAGCUUGUAUCAGAAAAACAAAAUGUAAACUUCCUCACGGCUGACGGUGUGCGCUUCGAGCACCCCCUGCACCAUUUGGGCAAAUCUGUAUCUGAUCUUCCUUUAAUAGCAAUUGAUUCCUUCCGUCACAUGUACUUGUUCCCUGAUUACAAUGACAUGGAAAAGCCCAACAAGUUGAAACAGUUCCUACAAGACUUGUACUCGGGAAAACUUCACAGGGAGUUUCAUUAUGGUCCUGAGAGCCCUCAAGUGGUUGUGAAUACUGAUAUGAAGGUCACUACUCCACCAGAAUCAACAUUCAAAAAAUUAGCGCCAUCUAAAAAUAGAUACACGCUUCUGAGGGAUGAAUUA